CUGAAGCAAAACAAAAACAGACAACGGGUCGAUCCCCGUCGCCCGCUUCCCCCUACCUCCGCCAUGGCCGGCGUCCCCGACGAAUCCGCCACCCAAACCCAGGCCCAAGGGUGCAGCUCGUACCCCUUCUCGUUCCCUUCCCAGCCGCCGGACAUCAGGAACUGGUUCGCGAGUUACCAGUACGAGUCGCCGGAGGUGCCGGAGCUGGCUGUUGACCCUCCUGGUGUUGACAACGGCAGCGAGGCCCAAGAUCCAUUGGAGUACCGGGUGGCUGGACAUUCAUUUCUGAAACAUGCCCCUCGCGACGAUGGCGGUAUCGAUUUGAAGAGGGGCUGUGUUGGGAGCCAAGCAGAACCUGCUGAUGUUUCUGCUAGAAGAGACAUCCUUCCGAUUGGUACGAGCACGGUGGAACAGGGCACAAAAAGGAAGCAAAGUCUGCGGGGGCUGCUUGGGGAAGGUUUUCUGGAUGAAGCUACUCAGACCGAGGGCCGUGUUGUGUCGCCUGCGCAGAAAAGUGCAGUGGAUGCUCCGUGGAACCACAACUGGGUAGGCUUACAGAAUAGAAAGCGCAGCCAUGAAGGUAUGGUUGAAUACAGCGAGCUGCCGACGGAUAGUGAGAGUACUUGUAUAGCUGAGACUCAAGCUGAAAGUCGGGCGGCGUUGCCUGUGCUGAAAAGUGCAGUGGAUCCUCCUUGGAACUGCAACUGGAUAGGCUUAAGGAAUGGAAAGCAUAUCCAUGAAGGUGUAGCUGAACACAGCGAGCUGCCGACAGAUACUGAGAGCACUUGUAUAGCUGAAACUCAGACUGAUAGUCGAGUGGUGUUGCCUGCACUGAGAAGUGCAGUGGGUCCUCUGUUGGACUGCAACUGGAUAGGCUUAAUGAAUAGAAAGCGCAGCCAUGAAGGCCUAGCUGAAUACAGCGAGCUGCCGGUGGAUAGUGAGGGCACUUGUGUAGCUGAAACUCAGUUAAACCCCCUGGGAGGUCAGGAGACCAAGCACAGUAAACGGUCAGUUAAUUGUGGUGGUACUAGUUUAGCAGCAGAUACUGAAGAAGGAUUACCAGAAGAUGGCACUGAGAGCGACCUGCCAGUUAAUUUUCACAGUAAAGGCCUAGCAGAUGCGGAGGAGACUAAACAAAAUCCACGAGGGUUGUUUGUAGCAGAUUUUCUUGACAACCGUGAUGAAGCUACUCAAACUGAAAGCCGGGUGGUGUUGCCUGUGCUGAGAAGUGCAGUGGAUCCUCGUUGGGACUGCAACUGGAUAGGCUUACGGAGUAGAAAGCGUAGCCAUGAAGGUGCGGUUGAACACAGCGAGCUGCUGACGGAUAGUGAGGGCACUUGUAUAGCUGAAACUCAAGUACAUCCCCCAGGAGGCCAGCAGACCAACCACAGCAAGCAUCCAGUUAAUCUUGGUGGUACUAGUUUAGCAGCAGAUACCGAAGAAGGUUUCCUAAAAGAUGGCAUUGAACAUAGCAACCUGCCAGUUAUUUUUCCUAGUAAAGGCCUAGCGGGUAGUGAGAAGACUAAGCAAAGUCUGCGAAAAUUGUUUGGGUCAGGUUUUCUUGACAACGGUGAUGAAGCUAAUGAAUCUGAAACUCAGGUGGUGUUGGCUGUACAGAGAAAUGCUGUACAGCCUUUGACAAACUGCAGCGCUGUAGGCUUACCUCAUAUUGAACAAAUCCAUGAAGGCGCAUCCGGAUACAGUGAGCUACCGGCAGAUUGCGACGCCAUCAGUACAGGUGAAACUCAAGAAAACCCCCCAGCAGGUCAGGCGAUGGAACAUAACAGGCUGCCUGUUUACUGUGCUAGUACGAGUUUAGCAGGGGGUACUGAAGGUGGUUUCGUAGAAGAUAGCAUUGAGCACACCAGACUGCCAGUCAAUUCCCCGAAUAAAGUCCUAGCUGAUAUUGAGAAAACUGCCAUCGAGCAUCUCAUACUGCCGGUUAAUCCUAAUGGUAUUGGUUCAGCUGUCACAGAAGAAAGCUUUCCUGGAGAUGAAAUUAGACGAAGCAAGCCUAAACUGGAGCAUAAGAAAACAGAAGAAAUAGCUGUGGCCGAUGGUUUUGUUGCCAUCAGGACGAAGAAGAAGCCAGCUGAGGAUCGCAGGAAAAACAAAAUUCCUAAGCUCUCAACACAAAGAGAGAACAUAACAUUGCAAGAGAACCGCUGCAUUUUGGGGACAGGUAGCACUAGAAGCCCCUUGUCAGAUAUGACCAAUAUUUCAGAAGUUGCUGGAGCUCCAGCACAGGAGGUCAGCGGCAAAUGGAAGUGCCCUCGCAAAGGCAAGCCCUAUGUUGGCCCUCCGAUGAAACAGCUGCGGUUGGAACAAUGGGUGCGCCGAGUGUAACAGUUUAACAUUGUUAGCUUUGUUAAGGAGAGUUUGCAUCAGGGUGAAGCCUGGAGUUUUCACCUGACAAAUUAGGUGUCAUGUUUAACUUUGGUGUUCCUGCCCAUCCUACAGUAGAAGUGUAUCUCCUUUGCAUAGACCAGAAGAUCCUUCGCACCUGCUGCUACAUUCAUCUCUCUGUUAUGGCGUCGUGGUAUGUGCAGCUGACUGAAUGUAGUAGACAAAAUACAAAACUUUACAUUGGA